UCAAGCUUAAUAAAUAAUUAUAUGUGUCCAGGGCACGUGUCUUUGAUUUUUCUCUCUAUAGUUUUUCCAUGGAAGUUUCCUUAGUGGAUACAAACCCAGUGCUGCAAAAAUCCGAAACUAAAUUGUAUGUAAAGACACUACAACGUUGUGAGUGUGUGAGAGUGAAGUGGGAAAAAGCAUAGCAGAUCCUUCCCGCACAUUAUUAUUUUAUCUCAAUUUCUAGUUUCCGAGACAUCAUUUUUGUGUACAUUAAUCUUUGAAUCUGGGAUGCUCCAAACUCCUAGAAUUUUACUGUUUUUUACAACCUUGAUCUAACUCAGUAUCCAUCCAUAUCUACAUACACUUUAAAGGGGUUAACAGAAAAAAAAAAAAAAAAAAAAAAAAAAAAAACCCCACUUCCGAGAACAGAGCAGGAACAGCAAGAAACAAAGGAACUUCGCUGUUAGGGUCUUUUGAAUUUACAUUUGCUCAUUCCCUUGGUUGAAACUCAAAACCCCCCUUUCAGCUUUUUGAGAUUGGUGGGGGGGAAACUCCUGUUAGGGCUUGAUUCUCAUUCGCUGUGGCGUUUUGAAUUGCAAGAAAAUGAGGGAAAAUGGUGUUGUGGCAAUUGAGGGAAUGUGAGGUGGAGGAAGGGGAAAAAGAAGAAGAAGAAAAGACGGGGUUGAGUAAAUGAGUGUUUUGAGACAUGGGGUGUGUGUUUGGGAAAGGAGCGUCGAAGAGGAGAGAGGAAGUGAAAGUUGAAAGCGCAGAAGAAGAGGGUGCUGUUCAGAACGGUGGGAAUGUGAAGGAGGGUGGAGAAGAGGAAAAGAGCAAGCCCUCAAAGGGGGAGAGAAGGCGAUCUUCGAAGCCGAAUCCCAGGUUAAGCAAUCCACCUAACCAUGUACAUGGUGAGCAAGUAGCUGCAGGGUGGCCCUCUUGGCUCACCAAGGUUGCUGGGGAAGCUAUUAAUGGGUUGAUCCCUAGAAGAGCUGACACUUUUGAAAAGCUGAAUAAGGUUGGACAAGGUACAUAUAGCAAUGUUUACAAAGCGAAGGACACUUUGACAGGGAAAAUUGUUGCCCUAAAGAAGGUCCGCUUUGACAAUUUAGAGCCGGAGAGUGUGAAAUUCAUGGCCAGAGAGAUCCUUAUUCUGCGCCAUCUGGAUCAUCCCAACGUUGUCAAACUGGAAGGUUUAGUGACUUCAAGGAUGUCAUGCAGUUUGUACCUUGUGUUUGAAUACAUGGAUCAUGAUUUGGCUGGACUUGCUACAAGUCCAACAGUAAAGUUCACAGAGUCUCAGGUUAAAUGCUAUAUGCAUCAGCUACUUUCUGGACUGGAACACUGUCACAACCGUCAUGUGCUGCAUCGUGAUAUAAAGGGGUCAAACCUUCUAAUUGACAAUGAAGGAAUUCUUAGGAUUGCUGAUUUUGGAUUAGCUUCCUUCUUUGAUCCUCAUCAAAGGCACCCUAUGACCAGCAGGGUGGUAACUUUAUGGUAUCGACCUCCAGAGCUUCUGCUUGGAGCCACAGAUUACGAUGUAGGAGUGGACCUCUGGAGUGCUGGCUGCAUUCUUGCUGAAUUGUUGGCUGGCAAGCCUAUUAUGCCUGGUCGAACCGAGGUGGAGCAGCUACAUAAGAUAUUUAAGCUUUGUGGUUCUCCCUCUGAUGAAUAUUGGAAAAAAUCGAAGCUUCCACAUGCUACCAUUUUUAAGCCCCGACAAUCAUACAAGAGGUGCAUAGAAGAGACAUUUAAGAAUUUCCCAGCAUCAUCCCUACCACUGAUUGAGACCCUUCUUGCAAUUGAUCCAGCUGAACGCCAAACUGCCACAGCUGCAUUGCACAGUGAAUUCUUUACUACAAAACCUUUUGCCUGUGAACCCUCUAGCCUUCCAAAAUAUCCUCCCAGCAAGGAGAUGGAUACAAAACUGCGAGAUGAAGAAGCUAGAAGAUUGAGAGCUGUUAACAAAACUAGUGCUGAUGUAAAGAAAUCACGUCCACGUCAUAGAGGUGGAAGGGGAAUUCCAAUUCCAGAUACCAAUGCUGAGUUGCAAGCAAAUAUUGAUAAAUGGCGACUGGUGACACACGCAAAUGCGAAGAGCAAGAGUGAAAAGUUUCCUCCUCCUCAUGAAGAUGGAAGUAUAGGGUACCCUUUGGGUUCUUCACAUCACAUGGAUCCAAUUUUUGAUCCUUCUGAUGUUCCAUUUAGUUCCACAAAGUUAUCAUAUCCAAAAUCAAAUAUCCAGACCUGGUCUGGUCCCUUGGUGGAAACUAGUGUGGAUGCACCAAGAAGAAAGAAGAACAUGCCAGGGAAUGGCCGCACACAUUCAAAGAAUGGCUCUUAUAGAUAAAUGCUGUCAAAGAUUAUUCAAAAUAAUUUAAGAAUUUCAAUACAACACCAAUUAUUUUUCACAAACAUUGGUGUUUGGUGAAGCUGCAAAAGUGCCGCUGUUCUAUUUUCUUGCUUCUGGCUGCUAAAGCCAUUGAUUGGCACCCCAGAGCUACAUGAUAUUUUAUCUUCCUCAAUGAUCAAGGGUUUAUUCCCUAUCUUGUAUAAUGAUCAUACAUAUUGUACGCAUAAUCUUGGUUAUGCUGAAUUUUAUACAGAUUUUUCAUUUA